GAUUUUUUUUUCGUGAUUUUUUUAUCUUUUUAAAUCAAUAUAAUAAAAGAGGGAAAAUAAUUAUCAAACUUCAUAUAGAACGUUAUGUACCUGAUAAGGACAGUAUAUAAAGCCUGUUCAAGUCAUUUUUAAGAAUAUUUUUACCGAAGAAUCGAAACUGAAUUAGUUUAAGUCGUGGAUUCGGUGUUCAUCGUUUGUGUCUACAUGCUACACAUACUAUAGUACUGGUCUUGGAACCCCCUCAUAUUGUCCUUUGUUGUACGACUGGCGCCUAGGUAGCAGAGCGGCCAGUAUUUCCAGCUGUCAGUAUUCAGUAUCAACCACGACGGCGUCACAAAAACACGUUUGUAUACGACAAGAUGAAGGAAAAACCUCGUACAAAAGACCCGGAUUCUCCGGUCCUUCAAAGACCGGAGACUACUGAAACUAUUGAAGCUACAGCCCCAGUGAAUAAUGAAUUACUUACUCAUAAAGAUGCUAUGAUGCACCUGAUCAAGAGCACUAUUGGCGGUGGGUUUUUGGCUAUGCCGGAGGCUUUCCACAACGCCGGAAUUUUGAUCGGAUCAUUAGGAACUCUAUUAUUGGGCCUAUGCGUACUGGACACGAUGAUAUUUAUUGUUAAAACAUCACAAGCCCUCCGGUCUGGAAAAUAUGCCUCGGCAUAUUUCGCUGAACAGAGGGAAAAAAACCAGGAUGGAAACGGUGAAGUCGACGGCGAUAAUAUACCACCACCGAAGAAAUUUAGGUCCAACGAGCUAAUACUACCACCCAUCGACUACCCGGAAACGGUGCACGGCGUGUUCCUGCGUGGUGCCCGCGGUUAUUUUGCAGGAUCGGCCUUGACUAUAAAAUUACUGACAACGAUUGUAUUAGUAGCUACCUACUACGGAGUGAACACCAUCUACGUUUGCAUUGUUUCAAAUACAUUCAAACAGUUAGUCGAUGGGUUCACUAAUGACCCAUCAACAUGGUACGCUCCGUUGUACGGCAUAUCCAUCAAUUGGUAUCCACUAAUAGUCUCGAUUUUCAUCAUCCCUAUGGGUAUGGUGCGAUCUUUGAAACAUCUGUCACAAUUUUCACAAACAGCAAAUGGUUGCAUGUUAGCCGGAACCGCCGCUAUAUUUUAUUUCAUUUUCUUCGGUGAAGUAACGAAUCCACUCAAACCCGAAGAACAAGCCAAAUGGAUUGUUUGGCCAAUAGAACGAUGGUCUUUAUUCUCAGGAAGUGCCCUAUGCUCAUUGGAAGGUAUUGGUAUGUUAUUACACGUUGAAAACCAAAUGGCUCAACCAUUGGAAUUAGCAACGUAUCCGGCAUUUACCUUACAUAAGACAAUGAUUCUCAUUGUCUUGCUCAACGGUAUUUUUGGUCUAUGCGGAUAUGUACGUUUUGGAGACACAAGUCAGGGCAGUAUCUCGCUAAACCUACCAGUGGGAGAACCAAUCGCAGAAGGUGUAAAAGCCGUUAUUGGGGUCGGGAUACUUUUGACGUACGGUCUUCAGCUAAAUGUGACGGCAGACCUAGUGUGGAAAGGCAUUUUUAAAAAGCUUGUGAUCCGAAUAGGGAAGAUAGACUCGAUACAGGCGGAACGGUUUUAUCCAGUGAUGCGAAUACUUUUGAUAUUGGGGACCAUUAUUAUAGCUUCAAUCGUGCCAGACAUCGGUCCCUUAAUCUCGCUCGUUGGCUCUGUAGGGUUUUCCUUUCUAGGCGUUCUUUUACCUGCGUCUAUGGAUAUGGUUUGGAACUGGUACCCAGAGGACCAUUACGAAGAAUACGAAGAACCAGAUCCAGAAAAUGACAACAAAAUAACAAUAGCCAUAGACGAAAACAUUACUCGUGCACAGGUUAGAACCUACCGUCGCUUUUUCCGGAUCAUGAAACUCAUCAAGAAUACGAUCCUCUUUAUACUGGGCAUCUUCGCAUUAAUCGGCGGUGCUUACUACAAUCUAACCGACAUAAUAGCUCAGAGCGCGUCUGAAGGAACUCCUUCGCCAACUUCUGCGUAACAAUAUAAAAUUACCUCAUAACAUUUUACCUCAUAUAUUAUUGAUUAAAAUUGUUACGUUUCGUUGG